CCGCUGAGCUAAAUCCCCAGCCGUUAUAUUUACUAAUCUGUCCUUAAAAAGGGGUAACGGUGAGGUUGCGAGAGUUUCCGAUGAGGACACCAUUGGGACGCAGACGAAGAGGGAGGCAAAGCGGAAGGGGCGGCGCCGGAAGCUGAAGUGCUGUGAGGAGAAGUUAGCGGCGUCUCAGUUGCCAUGGAGAUCAGCACCAGAGAGGCGCGGAGGUCUGAGGAAUCCCAGUACGAGUUGACAAAGUCGUCACAGACCUCGCGUCUGGCCGGGUCCAUUAGCUCCAACCAGAUCAGUGGGAAGUCCUCCUUGCCGUCCUCUGUCGCCCUCUCCGAGGUCUUACACUACAGCUUCUCGGCCCGGCCCCGCAGAGUCGGGUCCCUGGCGCAGCAGCCGCACCCGGAGCCGCAGCUUCUGCGUCCACGCCCCUCCUCGCUGCGCAGCCAAGACAUCUCGCACUUGCUCACUCGAGUCUUCCGCAACUUGUACUCGGUGGAGGUGAUCGGGGAGGACGUGAGCGCCAGCUUGAUCCAGGCCCGCGGCAGCGAGAAUGCGCGCCACGAGGAGUUCGUGGACCAGCUGCAGCAGGUAACCCACUCCGCAGCCUCGCGUGUCGCAUCGCGUGUGCGGACGGUGCCCGAGACCCGGACCGCCUCGCAGGACUCAGCACCGGGUCCGUGUUACUUCAUUCAUUCUUUUAACACGUUUAUUGUCUACCAUGUGCCAUGUUGUGUUCUGGACAUGAAGACUGUCUUCAGGUGGUGUGUUGACAGCGAAUUGCUACAGAAGCAUCAUUUGAUCUGCCCAGAAGAUUACUACAGCAAUACAGUGCCAUUUUUCUCUGCACCCAAAGGUGCCUUCCACCCUGGAUGUUCAGAGCUGACAUUCAGUUAUGAGAAGCAUUCCAUCCCAAAGGCAGACAAGAAGCUUCCAGUGUCCUGCAGAGAGAAGCUUCCUGCAUUUGCAGAUGAGUUCGACUAUACUGUGGACAGCCUGACAUGGGACUCAACUCCUGAGGCUAAACAAAAGACCAAAGAAACCGCCAAGAAAGCAAGUCCACCAAAGAAUAAAAAAUGGAUGAAGCACUUACGAGUGCCGCAGAGAGAACUGGAGCGACUUCAGCUUGCUGGGAUGGAGAGUCGCAGCCACUUCCUAAAAAACCCCCGGUUUUUUCCUCCUAACACUCCACAUGGAGGCAGGUCUCUUAUUUUUCCUCCAAAAAAGCCAGCACUGAUAGGAAAAUUUUCAAAUGGAGAGCCAGAACAGAGUUGUGCAAAUACUCCAGUGUUCCUAGCCAAGCCAUCAACUGUAUUUUUCACAGAUUAUGAAAUUGGACCCGUUUAUGAGAUGGUGAUCACACUACAGAAUACCACUGCAACUAGCCGCUACCUGCGAGUCCUCCCGCCUUCUACUCCAUACUUUGCUCUGGGGUUAGGGAUGUUCCCAGGACGUGGUGGCAUGGUGGCUCCUGGAAUGACCUGCCAAUACACUGUCCAGUUUAUUCCUGACUGUCUUGGGGAUUUUGAUGACUUCAUUUUAGUCGAGACCCAGUCAGCCCACAAGCUCCUGAUCCCCCUGCAGGCCCGGAGGCCGCCCCCUGUGCUGACCUUGUCACCGGUGUUGGACUGUGGUUACUGCCUCAUAGGAGGAAUAAAGAUGACAAAAUUCAUCUGCAGAAAUGUGGGCUUCAGCACUGGCAAAUUCCACAUUAUGCUCAAAGAGAGCUGGCCGCCAAUAAGUUUCAGGGCUGCUGCAAGCACUGGCUUUAUUGGACAACCUCCCUUUGCAGUCAUGCCUUCGGUGUUUGAGCUGGCUCCUGGGUUAUCCGUAUUAUUGGAGGUUUUGUUCUUACCAAUGAGCCUGGGAAAGGCAGAGCAGACCUUCAUCAUCGUGUGUGACAACUGCCAGAUAAAGGAGCUGGUGAUUGUAGGAACCGGGCAGCUCAUUGCUUUGGAUCUGAUCUAUAUUUCUGGUGAAAAAAGUCAACCAGAUCCUGGAGAGCUCACAGACUUAACAGCUCAGUACUUCAUUCGAUUUGAGCCUGAAAACCUUCAGUCCACAUCAAGGAAACAGCUGAUUAUAAGAAACGCUACGCACGUGGAGCUGGCCUUCCAUUGGCAGAUCAUGAGGCCCAACCUGCAGCCUCUAAUGCCUGGAGAGACCUACAGUGUGGACAGCAUCAAGCACCACCCCGACAGGGAGACAGCCUUCUCCAUCAGGCCUGCAAAGGGGGUUCUCAGCCCCCACACAGACCACGAGUUCAUCCUGAGCUUUUCUCCUUAUGAGCUGAGGAGUUUCCACAGUGUGCUGCAGAUGGUGCUGGAAGAGGUCCCCGAGCCCCUGAGUGCAGAGGUAAAGAACCUGGGGGAGUAUUCACACUCUGUGGAUGACGUGAUUGUCUUGGAAAUCGAGGUGAAAGGCCCAGCAGAGCCCUUCCAGGUUCUCUUAGAACCAUAUGCCCUCAUCAUCCCAGGAGAGAAUUACAUUGGUGUCAAUGUGAAGAAAGAUUUUAAGAUGUGGAAUAACAGCAAGUCACCCAUCAGAUACAAGUGGGGGAAGAUCAGCGACUGUCAUAUCAUUGAAGUGGAGCCCUGCACAGGGGUCAUAGAGCCCAGUGAGGUUGGGAACUUUGAGCUGAACUUUACGGGGGGUGUCCCUGGCCCAGCAAGUCAGGACCUGGUGUGUGAAAUCAGAGACUCGCCCUCGCCAGUGGUGUUACACAUCGAGGCGGCCUUUAAGGGGCCUGCCCUUGUCAUCAAUGUCUCAGCCCUUCAGUUUGGUCUGCUCUGCCUGGGGCAGAAAGGCAGGAACACCAUCCAGAUCCAAAACAUCAGCCAGCUUCUGGCCACGUGGCAUCUGAGGGAGAGCCCAGCCUGUCUGGAAGAAAGACACGAGAGUGUAUCAUCCUUCAACAUUGAGCCUUCGAGUGGCCAACUUCACCCUCUAGGGGAGUGCAGUGUGACUGUCACCUUGGAGGCCUUGCACUGCCAGACUCUGCAGACUGUCCUGGAGCUGGAGGUGGAAAAUGGGGAUUGGAGCUACCUGGCUGUGUAUGCUGAGAUACAGGAGCCCCGUGUGUACCUGCACAGCAGCCAGGUGGAGCUCAGCAGCCUCUACCUGGAUGUGCCCACAAAGUCCACCGUCACACUCAUCAAUAGCACACUCCUCCCCACCAGGUUCCACUGGGGAAAGCUCCUGGGGAACCAAGCAACCUUCUGCACAGUGACAAUCUCCCCUAGUCGUGGCCUGCUGGGUCCUAGUGAAGAGCGCCAGCUCAUCUUGGAGUUCACUGCUCAUACCCAGGACGAGCUGGCCGAUCUGGUCCUCCCUUGUCAUGUGUCAGGCAUGAAGAAGCCACUGGCCCUGGGCAUCUCUGGAAAGCCUCAGGGACUUCAAGUGACCAUUGCCAUCUCUGCACCAGGUUCUGAUAGCAGUGUUUGCAGCACAAAGCAGUGGCCAGGCCAUCCAGAGGAGCUCCACCUGGACUUUGGCUCGAUGGUGCCACUGAGGACCCGUGUGAAUCGCCAGCUCAUCAUGACUAAUCACUCACCCAUAAAGACCCCUUUCACCCUCAAGUUUGAAUACUUCGGGAGCCCCCAGGACAGCCUGAAUAAAAGGACCAGUGUGCCUGACUUGCCUCCUGCCCUGCUAAAGACAGCACGGAUGCGAGAGCAUUUGGCUAAGCGAGAGCAACUAGAUUUUAUGGAAAACAUGUUAUCUCAUGGGAAAGGAGCUGCUUUCUUUUCCCAUAUUUCGCAGGGCAUGCUGAGGGCCUACCAGAAGCUGAGCAUUGAAAUCACAGGUUGUGCCAACAUGUGGGGCGAGUACUGGGACAGCCUCAUUUGUAUGGUGGGAAACCUGCCACCAACAGUCAUCCCAGUGCACAUGGCAGCAGUGGGCUGCCCUAUCAGCUCCCUGAGGACCACCUACUACACUGCUGACUGCUUUCAGAAGGAGCCCAUCAUCAGGUUGGGGACUCAUAUCUCUGGAGGAAGCACAAUCAGCCGGACUCUUCGCCUGUAUAACUCCAGCCCCUGCGACAUCCGACUGGACUGGGAGACAUACAUGCCAGAAGACAGGGAAGGCAAGCUGGUGGAGCUGCUGGUGUUUUAUGGGCCACCUUUCCCGCUGAGGGACCAAGCUGGGAAUGAACUCAUGUGCCCUGAGAUGCCCAAGAGCAGCAGCUUUUUUGGGCCCCUGUCCCCCUCCAAUGUGUCAGAGUCCAGCCAUGCAGCUGCCCCAUUGGUUGAGGGCCACUCCAGUGCCAGCAACAGGGCCACAGAGCACAUCAUCUCAGUCAUCCUGCGGGAGCAUGAGGGGGUGCCUGCUGACCACCUGUUCAGUAUCAGCCCCAAGCAGAUGGUGGUCCCUGCUGGGGGCAAUAGCACCAUCUACAUCUCCUUCACACCCAUUGUGCUUGGCCCUGAGACUCUACACAAGGUGGCAUGUACUGGCUACGCCCUGGGCUUCAUGAGCUUGGAUGACGAGGAGGAAAGAGAUAUUCCAGGGAGGAGCCAUCGGCGGCAGGAUUUUGCUGUGGGACCCCUGCGACUGGACCUGCAUAGUUAUGUGAGGCAUGCAAAGCUGAAUGUGGAGCUGGACGACAGCAGCAGCAUGGAGUUCCGGUGCCGGGCCAGUGACCUCAUCCCUGACCAGCCCUGCUCUGGGGUGCUAAGUGAAUUGCUGACCACCCGACGCCUGAAGCUGAUCAACAGCACAGAAAUCCCACAGUACUUCCGGCUCCUGGUCUCCAGGCCCUUCUUGGUUUCUCAAGAUGCAUUUAGCUGGGGCCACAGACCUGGCUCUGGCCAGGAGCAGGAGGGAGAAGAGGAGACAGCCUCAGUGAGCAGGCAGCUGGUACUGGACUCACAGGAGAACAUGCUGGUGAAUGUGUCCUUCUCACUCUCCCUGGAGCUGCUCUCCUACCAGAAGCUCCCAGCUGACCAGAUGCUACCUAGAGUGGACAUUCAGCAGAGCUUGAGUGGAGAGAAGAAGAUAGUGUUCACUCAGGAUCUGCUCCUGGAGUUCACCAAUCAGACCACUCAGGUGGUGCCCUUGCGGGCCAUCGUGGCUGUGCCUGAGCUGCGGCUCUCCACCUGCUGGGUGGACUUCGGGACCUGCUUUGUGAACCAGCAGUGGGCCCGGGAGGUCAAUCUGCUGAACCUGAGUGGCUGCCAGAGCUACUGGACUGUGCUGAUGGGACAGCAGGAGCCAGACAAGAAGGCAAAGGCCUUCGGGGUCUCCCCGAGCAGUGGGCUGCUGGAAGCCCGACCCACCAAUGCUCCCGCAAGCUCCAUCACCCUGAAGGUGUUCUUCACUCCCAGGAGCACUGAGCUGUACGAGUCCACAUUGGUGGUAGAAGGCAUGCUUGGUGAGAAGCCCUGCACCCUGAGGCUGCGGGGCCAAGGCUCUUAUGAUGAGAGAUAUGCAGCACCUCACUAGCCCUGAGGCUCUCCUCACCCCUCAGCCCCAGCCCCAGCUGAGGGAAUAAACAUGGCCCCAGGCUGAGGAGAGCUCUGCUGGGUCACGCCACAGACUGGGGUGUUGUGAACAGCUCUGAACAGAGGACAGAGCCCUCUUCCAGGGCAGAGGUCUCAGCCAAAGCCUGAAUCAUAUGUCCCCAGAGUUAACACAAGGAGAGUCCUCACCACCAAGAAGACUAUGGCAGGUAAGAAUCACUACUCAGAGCACCGAGAAGACCAACAAAGCAAGAUCUGGACCUUGGAGAAAAACACACCACCAAGAUUAGGUCACAGACAUUUAUUCCAUCGCAUGCCUCAUCCACAAAACCACCUCCUCCAGGAGUUAUAAGAUGAUCAUGGCCUGGGUAACCCAUGCUGACUAUGGCCUAGUUAAGGGCACAGCAUCCCCACUCACUCCUGUAUGCUGUUAUCAGUGUUCACAGUUUACAAAUUGGUUGAAGCGCCUUGAUUUGCUGGAUGUGCAGUGUGCAUUUCCUUCUUUAGUGUCCCUCUCUGGCAGCCAGAGCAGGAUUGUCUAGAUAGCUCCUCAAGCCAGGGCCUCAGUUCCCAGGGGACUCAAAGAUGACAGUGGCUCCUAUUCCAGUCCUGAUGCUCAUGGACACCCCUCCAUACGCCUUGGGGAAGAGAAACUGCACAGGCCCAACCACCACUCUGCUGACCAGGCUGCUCUGCAUGGGCCCAGAUCCUCCUGGGCACAGAGGAUAUAAAACCAGCAGACCAGAUCAGUGGGAAAAUUGUCCCCCUGAGGGUCCCCUUGGGCACACACUCAAGGUGGCAGAUUCCUUCUGCAGCCAGGGUUGCUCUCCAGGCUGGCCCUCAGGGAAGAUGCAGAUUACAUUCCUAAAGUUCAGAGUGCCCAUGUGUGGGUGUUCACUUCCCCAAUCCCGAACUGCCCAGAUGCCAGGCUUGGGCAUCCUCCGUGACACCUGACACACCAUAAGGUGUACACUUAUCUUUUCCUAUGACUCUUGAUCUGGCUGAGUAGCGUAAACCAUUGUGUCCUGUGCAGCUCAGGGCCACUGCAAUACCCCAAAGGGCUCAACUUCUCAGAGUAGAUACCCAGCUUCUCCAUGGAGUAGGUGGCCAGGAAGAAGCCAGAGAACCAGUUGGAGCUUCUGUGCAGCCUCUUGCUCCACUUGCUUGGUUGCUUCUUCUGGACUUCCAAGGCCCAGGAAAGGGGAAGGACAAAGCUGAUUUGCAAAGACCUCAUGAUGUCAAAGAUGUCCAUGUCAUUAACUGUCAGUUCUGCAAGCAUAUUAUGGACCUGAGCUGACAGUGGCCCCUGGACAAGACUCUGGGUCUCCCUUGCCCCCAACCCAUGCGAAAGCCUAUAGGUGCCCAAUGUGUCUGUCUCCUGUGGAAGGGUAACUGUUCCAGCUAUCGGGUCAUGAAGGCCUUGGGAUUGGGGUGCUGGCCUGCCCCACCUUCACUUUGUGACACCCACAGGGCCACCCCUAGUGCUUCUCCAAAUCCCAUAUGCAAGGCAGGAGGGGGAUCCAGGUCUAAAAAAUGAUCUUACCUGCCUUUUGCAAAGCUACAGGGAUGGAAUAGACAGGACCAAUGCCCAUGAUGUCAGGUGGGACUCUCAACUGCACAGGAUCUCAGGACCAUGAUGAUGGGGAGGCCCAACUCUUCUGCCUUGGACCUCCGGGCCAGCAGGAUGGCUGCUGCCCAUCUGUCACCUGGCUAGAGUUUUCUAGGGCUGAAUCUUUUUUUAAAAAUUCUUUUAUUGGUACAUUGUAGGUAUACAACACAAUUACAUUUCUCAUGGGGAAUUGUACCUUUACAUGAUGCAUCUUGGUUCUUAUUUUUUCCCCAUUCCUAGCCCUCCCUU